AUGUCUUCUUCCAAAGAAACAAAUAUUUUUCUAAAUGGUGCAACUGGUUACAUCGGAGGUUCGAUUUUAACUGCUCUUCUUAAUCAUUCGAAUGCUUCGAAUUUUCAAAUAACUGCACUUAUUCGUGGUGCUGAAAGUAGAAUAAAGAAACUCGAAUUACUUGGUGGUGUUAUUGCUCUUGUUGGAUCAAACGAUUCACAUGAUCUAAUCGAGAAAGCAGCAAGUCAAGCAGAUGUUGUGUUCCAUACAGCGAAUUCAUCAGAUGAUCUUCCUUCAACAAAAUCAAUUCUCUCAGGUUUAAAUCAACGAACUGAAAACAAAAGGUCAACAGCUGAACGUCUAGUCGUUCGUCGGCCUCCCUCCGGUCGACCACUCACGGCUAGCCGUCCCUGUGUUUAA